AUGAAACAGAAAUUGAAACCAAAUCAAAAGGUAGUAAAAAGAGCUACUGGAACUAGGUGGUCUAGUCGUUAUAAUGCAUGUUCUUCUUUCAAAAAUAGCUGGGAAGAAUUUAUGGAAACAUUGAAUGAUAUAGAAAAUAAUAAUUCUGAAAAACACAUAAACCGUAGAAAAGCUGCAGGUUUAAAAAACAACUUGAGUACAUUUGAGUCGGUCUUUAUGGCCGUAUUUUGGACUUCUUUGUUGGAACGAUUCAAUAAAACAAGCACAGUUUUACAAUCAACAUCAGCUAACUUAGAACAUGUUGUUGAUCUAUACAAAUCUUUAAUUGAUUAUGUGAGUGAAAUAAGAUCUGAUGAAAUAUUCCAACAAUUCAUUGAUGAAGCAAAAAAAAUUAGAAAAGAAGAAUAUGAAUUGGACAAAAAACGUCGUCUUACGCGACCCCUUUUAUGCGACGAACUAGACGAAUGUAGUUCUAGAGCAAAUGAAGUAGUUUUUGGUGGUAAAGACAAAUUAAAAAUCGUUUAUUUUGCCGUAUUGGAUCAACUCAGAAAACAACUGGAAAUGAGACAUUCUGGGUAUGAAAAUAUUUACGAUAAAUUCAAAUUUUUGAUCAACAUAGACAAUAAGUCAAUUGAUACCGAUGAUAUUGUCCAAGGAGCCAACAAACUCCAACAGUUUUAUGAAACAGACAUUGACGAAACCACAUUUACUCAAGAAUGCAUACAUUUCAAAACUUAUAUGCAAAAUGCAACAGAAAAAAAACAACAACAUCAAAGUUUGUUUACAUUUUUUAGGAAUCAAAAUUUAGAAGAACUAUUUCCGAAUGUAAGCAUCGCUUUGAGAAUAUAUUCCUGUAUGGCGGUUACUAAUUGUUCAGCAGAAAGAUCGUUUUCGUGUCUCAAAAGAACGAAAACGUAUUUAAGAUCUACAAUUGGCGAAAAUCGAUUAAAUAGUUUGGCUCUCAUUUGCAUCGAAUCUGAAUUAGUGUCUACAAUUGAUUUUCAAGACCUAAUCGAAACAUUCGCUAACCUAAAAAGCCGAACAAAAAUAUUUUAA